GCAGCUGGAGCAACUGUGAGGCUGGGCUGCCAGUGACUCGCCUUUUAACCUGGGCAGUCGGCUUGGAGAAGGAAGGGAAAGGGGAAAGAGAGGUGUAAAGGGACUCGGAAAGAUAGAGAUGGGUGGGGGGAGUUUGUAGGAGGUGAUAAAUGACAUCACUCAGCCCUAGAGAAUAAGGUGGGGAGAGAGAGCAGGCAGAGGAACAGAGUGGACUGGGUCUGAGAGUUUGGCAAUUAAGAAGCACCAUUGCAGUCGGCUCCGGCAGACCCCGAGGCACCAUGCAAAGAUCACCCCUGGAAAAGGCAAAUGUCCUCUCGAAACUUUUCUUCAGUUGGACUAGACCAAUUUUGAGGAAAGGUUUCAGACAUCGCUUGGAAUUGUCAGAUAUAUAUCAAAUUCCCUCCUGUAAUUCUGCAGACUAUCUCUCUGAAAAAUUAGAAAGGGAAUGGGACAGAGAGCUGGCAUCAAAGAAAAAACCCAAACUCAUUAAUGCCCUUCGACGAUGUUUUUUCUGGAGAUUUGUUUUUUAUGGAAUCAUGUUAUACUUAGGGGAAGUAACCAAAGCAGUGCAGCCUCUUUUACUGGGAAGAAUCAUAGCAUCCUAUGAUCCUGACAACAAAGCAGAAAGAUCCAUUGCACUUUAUCUAGGCAUAGGUCUAUGCCUUCUCUUUAUAGUGAGGACACUGCUUCUACACCCUGCUAUCUUUGGCCUUCAUCACAUGGGAAUGCAGAUGAGAAUAGCCCUGUUUAGUCUGAUUUACAAAAAGACUUUAAAACUGUCAAGCCGUGUUCUAGAUAAAAUAAGCACUGGACAGCUUAUCAGUCUUCUUUCUAACAAUCUGAACAAGUUUGAUGAAGGACUGGCCCUGGCACAUUUUGUCUGGAUUGUACCUUUACAAGUGGUGCUCCUGAUGGGACUUCUUUGGGAUUUGCUACAGGCCUCAGCAUUUUCUGGACUUGCUUUCCUAAUAGUACUUGCUCUGUUCCAAGCCUGGUUAGGACAAAUGAUGAUGAAGUACAGAGAAAGGAGAGCAGGAAAGAUAAAUGAAAGACUUGUGAUAACUUCAGAAAUGAUUGACAAUAUACAGUCAGUUAAGGCAUACUGUUGGGAGGAAGCAAUGGAAAAGAUGAUUGAAAAUCUAAGACAAACUGAACUGAAACUGACCCGAAAAACCGCAUAUGUGAGAUACUUCAAUAGCUCAGCCUUCUUCUUCUCAGGUUUCUUUGUUGUAUUUCUAGCUGUGCUUCCUUAUGCCUUGAUCAAAGGAAUUAUACUGCGAAAAAUAUUUACAACCAUCUCAUUCUGCAUAGUUCUUCGUAUGGCAGUCACUCGGCAAUUUCCCUGGGCUGUGCAAACUUGGUAUGAUUCUCUUGGAGCAAUAAACAAAAUACAGGAUUUCUUACAAAAAGAAGAAUACAAAGUAUUGGAAUAUAACUUAACAACUACAGAUGUUGUGAUGGAAAACAUAACAGCAUUCUGGGAUGAGGGAUUUGGAGAAUUGUUUGUAAAGGCAAAACAGACCAACAGUGAUGGGAAAAUUUCCAAUGGUGACAAUGGCCUUUUCUUCAGCAAUUUUUCACUUCUUGGUACUCCUGUCCUUAAAAAUAUCAAUUUCAAGAUUGAAAAAGGAGAAUUAUUGGCAGUUGCAGGAUCUACUGGGGCAGGAAAGACUUCACUUUUAAUGAUGAUCAUGGGAGAAUUGGAACCUUCAGAGGGUAAAAUUAAGCACAGUGGAAGGAUUUCCUUUUGCUCUCAGUUUUCUUGGAUCAUGCCUGGUACUAUUAAAGAAAACAUCAUUUUUGGUGUUUCUUAUGAUGAAUACCGAUAUAGAAGUGUCAUCAAAGCCUGCCAACUGGAAGAGGAUAUAUCAAAGUUUGCAGAAAAAGACAACACAGUUCUUGGAGAAGGUGGAAUCACUCUGAGUGGAGGUCAACGAGCAAGAAUUUCCUUAGCAAGAGCAAUAUACAAAGAUGCUGAUUUGUACCUUUUAGAUUCUCCAUUUGGCUAUUUAGAUGUGUUAACAGAAAAGGAAAUAUUUGAAAGCUGUGUCUGCAAGCUGAUGGCAAACAAGACCAGGAUAUUGAUCACCUCUAAAAUGGAACAUUUAAAGAAAGCUGACAAGAUAUUAAUUUUACAUGAAGGUAGCUGCUAUUUCUAUGGGGCCUUUUCUGACCUUCAAAAUCUGAGGCCUGACUUUAGCUCAAAACUCAUGGGAUAUGAUUCUUUUGACCAGUUCAGUGCUGAAAGAAGAAGCUCGAUCCUGACAGAAACUCUGAGACGUUUCUCAGUAGACGGUGAUAAUGCCGUCUCCUGGAAUGAAGGGAAAAAACAAUCUUUCAAACAAACUGGAGACUUUGGGGAAAGAAGAAAGAAUUCUAUUCUCAACCCAUUGAAUUCCAUUAGAAAAUUUUCAAUAGUACAAAAGGGUCAACAGCAAAUGAAUGGCAUUGAUGAAAAUGACGAUGAGCCGUUAGAGAGGAGAUUGUCUUUGGUUCCUGAUUCUGAGCAGGGAGAGGCCAUUCUUCCUAGGAGUAACAUGAUAAACACUGGUCCAAUGUUCCAGGGACGAAACAGGAGGCAGUCAGUACUGAACCUGAUGACCCGCCCCUCAGUUCACCAAAGUCAGAGCAUGUACAGCACGGGGAAUGCUGCUGCCAGAAAGAUGUCCAUGGCCCCUCAGUCUAAGUUAUCUGAAAUAGAUAUCUACUCCCGACGUUUAUCUCGAGAUAGUGGCAUGGAAAUAAGUGAUGAAAUUAAUGCAGAAGAUUUAAAGGAUUGGUUUGAUGAUGAUACAGAAACCAUCCCAGCUGUUACCACGUGGAACACCUACCUCAGAUAUAUUACUGUUCAUAAGAAUUUAGUUUUUGUGCUAAUUUGGUGCCUCGUUAUUUUUCUUAUUGAGGCAGGCAUUUCUUUGAUUGGAAUUUGGCUUCUUAAUGAGACCUCUCUUAAAGGAAAUGGUACAAAUGAGUCCAAUAAUGCUUUUGCAGUCAUUAUCACCAACACCAGCAAUUACUAUUUGUUUUAUAUUUAUGUGGGAGUAGCUGACACAUUUUUUGCCCUGGGAAUUCUCAGAGGCUUGCCACUGGUGCAUGCACUAAUAUCAGUCUCCGAAAUUCUGCAUCACAAAAUGUUAUGCUCCAUUUUGAAAGCACCUAUGUCAACCCUCAGCACUUUGAAAGCAGGUGGAAUUCUGAACCGUUUUUCGAAAGAUAUAGCAAUUCUAGAUGACCUUCUGCCACUUACAAUAUUUGACUUUAUCCAGUUAGUACUGAUCGUUGUUGGAGCUCUCAUUGUAGUAUCAGCUUUAAAACCUUAUAUCUUCUUGGCUACUGUGCCUGUGAUAAUAGCUUUUAUUAUGCUAAGGGCGUAUUUCCUCCAAACUUCCCAACAACUAAAACAACUGGAGUCUGAAGCCAGGACUCCAAUUUUUACUCAUCUUGUUACAAGCUUAAAGGGCCUGUGGACUCUACGAGCUUUUGGACGCCAACCAUACUUUGAGACUUUGUUCCAUAAAGCUCUGAAUUUACACACAGCAAACUGGUUCCUAUACAUGUCCACACUUCGCUGGUUCCAAAUGAGAAUAGAAAUUGUUUUUGUCAUCUUCUUCUGUGUUGUGACCUUCAUCUCCAUUUUAACUACAGGUGAUGGACAAGGACAAGUUGGAAUUCUUCUAACUUUAGCCAUGAAUAUCAUGGGUACCUUACAGUGGGCUGUAAACUCCAGCAUAGAUGUGGACAGUUUGAUGCGGUCUGUAAGCCGAGUAUUUAAAUUCAUUGAUAUGCCAAGUGAAGAACCCUUACCUACCAAACCAACUAAAUCAACCAAACCAUCGAAGAAAAAUCAGCUUUCACACGUUCUGAUCAUUGAGAAUGAACAUGUAAAGAAAGAGAACAACUGGCCCUCUGGAGGUCAAAUGACUGUCAAAGAUCUCACAGCCAAAUAUGUAGAUGGUGGGAAUGCUGUAUUAGAGAACAUUUCCUUCUCAAUAAGUUCUGGGCAAAGGGUGGGCCUCUUGGGAAGAACUGGUUCUGGAAAAAGUACCUUGUUAGCAGCUUUUCUAAGACUAUUGAACACAAAAGGAGAUAUACAGAUUGAUGGUAUAUCUUGGGAUUCAAUACCCUUGCAGCAGUGGAGAAAAGCAUUUGGAGUAAUACCACAGAAAGUAUUUAUAUUUUCUGGAACAUUUAGAAAAAACCUGGAUCCUUAUGGGCAAUGGAGUGAUCAUGAAUUAUGGAAAGUUGCAGAUGAGGUGGGAUUGAAGUCUGUGAUCGAGCAGUUUCCUGGGAAGCUGGAUUUUGUCCUUGUUGAUGCUGGUUGUGUUCUAAGCCAUGGCCACAAACAGUUGAUAUGUUUGGCUCGGUCUGUUCUAAGUAAGGCAAAAAUCUUGCUGUUGGAUGAACCGAGUGCUCAUUUGGAUCCUAUAACAUAUCAAAUCAUUCGAAGAGUGCUAAAGAAUGCAUUUGCCAACUGCACUGUAAUCCUCUCUGAACACAGGAUAGAGGCAAUGAUGGAGUGUCAGCGAUUUUUGGUCAUUGAAGAGAACAAAGUGCGACAAUAUGAAUCCAUCCAGAAGCUGUUAACUGAGAAGAGUCUCUACAGGCAAGCCAUCAGUCAUUCAGACAGGAUGAAGCUCUUCCCCCACAGGAACUCAAGUAGGCACAAGUCCCGACCCCAAAUUACUGCUCUGAAGGAAGAAACAGAAGAAGAAGUGCAGGAAACCAGACUUUAGAUAUUCAUGGCUGCAAAUUCUUGCCAGGCUCAUUUGAAUUUUGUGAGGAAAGAGAGCCUUUUUCCUUCUGCUUGGGAAAACUGACAUUAAUAAUGUUCUAAAUUGAGAAAGAUGGAAGAAUGCUCUUCAUGAAACACUGUAUGUGUGUGUAUGUGUGUGUGUGAGCAUGGGUGUGAACCCUCUUGGGGAUGUGCCUUCUUAGCAAAGUGAAGCAAUGUAAAAGGCCUGAAGACUCUUGAAGAGUUACCAAUUUUUUUUUUAGCAACUUAAAUUGCCCUGAUUUCCUGAUUAUAUGUGUGGUGACCUUGAACUGGAGUUUUCCAAGAGCAGUUUACUUGCCUUUUAAAAUUUGGUGGGAAGAAUGAAAGCUGUUAAAUCUCACUGUAGGGGUCACUGUAGGGAGGUUGUGAACCUCCAUUUCCCUUCUCCUCUAGUUUUAUAAGAAACAGAGUACUUACUGAUCAUUCUGACUUUUCAAGAAUUCACUAUGAUAGAGUUGCCCAAAGAAGGCCCCUCACCAUAAUGCAUAAAUCACAGCACAUAGGAAUUAAUGAAGGAAGUGAGAUCUGAUUGUUCAGAUGUCAGGGUCAAGAAUUUUUCAAAUAUACGAAAAUCCAUGUUCACUUAUCUAUAUAGUCUGGACCCUUCUCUUUAUUAUGGAGAUAAGGGUUGGAGAAGUCCUGUGUGUUGGAGAAAUAUACUGUGUAAAUUGAUACACCAAGACUUUUUCAAUAUGCUGGUACUGUAAAGGUGCUAAGCUCUCCACCCAGUUGGAAGGUGUGGAGAACUGCCCUUGUUUAAACUUGCCUGGUACUGCAGUAUAGAUAAACCAAUGAUUUGGAUGAAAGCCUGAUGAAUGGAAGAAGAGACACUGUAAGAAAACAUGAAAUCUGGAGGUGUCAUGUGGCAAUGUCUAACACUUCACAGUGUAUACAUAAAGUGAGAGAUAGGACAGAAGACACAUAGAGGUAGAGUUAUUAAUGAAUCAGUUUUUAUAUUUUUCUGCUUGUAAUUUUAGGAUGUAAAUGAAUUUUUCUCUAGAAAAUAUUAUUUAUUUUACUACUAUGUCAACUUCAUAUAAAGAAAAUUAUGUAUUUUGAGAAUGAUUAUUCUGCACAAAUAGAAAUAUAUUUGUAUAAAAAAUUUUAUAUCAGAAAUAUAUACUUUGUGACACUGGUUAUUUUUAUUCUACACUUUAUUAAAACUGGAAAAAAUUUGCCAGACCAUAGGGGAGGUAUAACAAAGGGGCAUUAACUACCUUUUUUAGAUGUAUAAAAAAGGAUCAUGAUUAUGUAGAUGUUGCACAUUUCUGUUUUAUUUGAAAGGAUCACCUCAACCAACUACCUUUCAUAUAGUCCCACAGAAGACUAUUAAAAAGUUUGAAUACUUCUACACUACUUUCUGAAAUUCAAGAAGGCCUUGAAGAUUGCAUUUUAUUUAUUGUCAAGAAAGAAUAUAUCAUGUGUGUCAAUAAAAUUCAUAUAUUUGGGUAUAAAUCAACUGCCUUUCAGAUGUAUUUGUUUAUUUUUCACUGUUCUUGAGUGCUGGGUUUCUUACAGAUGAAUGGGACCUCAACCCUGAGAAUGAAUCACUAAUUAAAUCCUCUUUGAGCCUUUAUAUG